AUGGCGCGCCGCUUCGCGCGCGCCUAUAAAAUCCCGCGCUCGCCACGCGCCCUCCCCUCGCAACCUCGCCGCUUCGCCACCUCGCCGCUUCGCCGCUUUCCGCGCCACCACCGCGCCACCAUGCCGCCGCGCCGCCAGGGUUCUUCGGGCUACCGCGGCGUCCGCGAGCGCCCCAACGGCUGGUACUCCGCCGAGAUCCGGUCCGGCGACGUCCGGCUCGGCCUCGGGUCGUUCCGGAGCGCGUACAAGGCGGCCCGCGCGUACGACGCGGCGGCGUGGCGCUUGGAGAGGCCCCGGUCGCAGAUGAACUUCCGGGACGUCUUCACGCGUGAGCAGGCGCAGCGCGUCGCCCCUCCGCCGCGUCUCAUCACCGACAUGGACCGUGCCGACCACGCUCGGCGGCAGCGCCGCCUCCUCAUCGCCGAGGAGGACGAGCGAGCCAUGGCGGAGUGGCGCCGUCGCCACCCGGAGGACGUCGCCAACGAGCGUGCCUACCGGGCGGAGAGGACGGCAAGGCGCCGCGCGAAGCGGGCGGACCAGCGUCGGCAGAAGGCAUUGGCGAAUGCGCAGUCCGAUAUCGUUGCAGCAGGUGGGAGGUCGAUCUUCACGUCAGACGAUGAGCGUUGGGACGACAUGUGGCUCGAUACCUCGGACAACACCGACGAGGAUGAUGAUGGUGAUGAUGGUAGCGACUUGGAGUAG